AUGUCUCUCGCCAUUCCUGCAGAGGAACUAGGCCGUUCUCAAAUUCACAUUAAGCUCUCGCCCUCCGGCGGACUUCCAGUAUUUCGGCUAGAACCCCUGCCGUCUACCACGUCUACUGUCAAUGUGUCUCGCUUCAACGUCAACUUCCAUAUAUUCAAGGAGGGAUCUGACUAUAACAUAGUCGUAUAUCCUUCCUUCGCAACCACACCGAAGCCAGACGAAGGACAGGUGGCACCGAGGCCAUGGCAAUCAAAUUCGAUGGACACGCCCUGUCAAAGCAUCCAUACCUCGGCCUCGCCUCUUCGUUCCCCUCCUUCCGAUGUAUCCCAUACAGAUGCCGCCAAUAUAUUCCCCGACCAAGCGGCAUCAUCAACGCAAUGCAUCAGUCCAGCCCAGCGCACCAGUGUACCACUCGGUAACUCUUCCUCAUAUCGCCAUCCUGUCACUGUGCCUAACUUCGACUUCGUCUUACAAGACCGUGUGGACCCUCUCAUUCAAGGCGGUUUCAAUCAACAGGACAUCAGCGGCAUCUUUGGUGACAUGAUGUCCGAUAGCAGUUACACCGACUCAUCCGUCCACGCCAUGCCUACCAUCCCCUUCCACCUCGACAUCGAGCCCUUCUCCUCGACUUUCACCUCCAUUAUUUACCACAGCGCCCGAGGUCCCCCUGAGGUCGAAGGCAAGGAGUACAUCUGA